UGAAGCUGACUGUUCCAUUCUUACACUUCCGUGCUCGCAUGCAACAUCGCGCAGGGAUGAGAGCGGCCCCUGUCAGCACUGCGGCGACAGGCAUGACCAAGUUGGCGGGCCUUGCGGGCGACGCAAGAAUGUUGUUCCGGUUGUGGGGUCUUCUACCCAUUGUCCAAUGGCUCACCGCAAUCGAGCGCAACCCGCCGCCGACUCGCAAGCUUCUCACCAUCGAGCGGUUCCAAGGUUGGGCGAUGCUUGCGUACUACCCGCUCGAGCACACCUACUACAUGCUCGCGCACGACAUCAUCCCCGCUACAUUCGCCCUCCCGACACUCGCGUCGCUCAUCCCGUUCGUCGCGUCGAAGCCUAGCGGGAAGCUCGUCACGCUCAACAGGGGCGCGUUCGCGCUCUGGUCGUGCCGCUUCUGGGCUGCGUACAUCCUCCUGCAGUUCGUGCACCUCAAGGAGGACUUCAAUCUGCUGAAGAUGCGCGAGAAGGCUGUGGGCAAGUCCAAGGCUAUCUCCUACCCCGCUGAAAAGGAGGAGCUCCGAAAAAGGUGGGACGCGUUCUGGGGAGAAGUUGUUGUCAACGCGGGCUACCUGCCCCAGGCCCUUCAUUGGUCGUUGGAGGCGGGCUUGUUCAAGAACGACGCAUGGAUCAACGUGUUCGGCCUGAUAGCUGGCCUCGCAGCUUGGCGAAACGGAUGGAAGGCCACUGCAUUGCCUCCUGCGCCAGCCGAUGCUCCGGCUGCUGCCCCGGAGCUUGAGAAGGCACCAGUCGAACUUGGCGCGGUUGGUACGCCGUUGGACCUCGACAUUGAAGCUCCAAUGCUGGAUGAGAUGUAAUGAAUGCAUGCGGCACGGACAGUGGACUGCGUUCAUGUCGCUCUUGUACUUUUAGCACAGUCUAUUACGAAUAUGCUCUGUCAGCAUGUGUGAGGCGCACCCUGUCUGGAGGUCAACUCGGCUUGGGCUAUGAAUCAAGUGUGCGUUCCUCCAUUAGCUCAUAACCUUGUGAAGUGAAGCUACAGCCUCCUCGGGAGCGGGUAUUUGUAUACGCCGUCUUUAUGAAGCAUCUGUUAUGG